ACGUUGCGUCGCGUCGGCGUCGGGCUUCGUCUUCCUCCGAGUCAAACUCGUCGAGCAUCUCCUCGAUUGCUGCUCAAUCGCUCUCCUCCAUGGCGGUCGUCGCGGAAUCGCAGUGGGAAUCGGAGUCUCCUUCGAAAGCUUCGACAGUGGAGAAGCGAUGGACGCUCAGUGAUUUUGACAUCGGGAAGCCCCUAGGAAGAGGAAAGUUUGGCCAUGUUUACCUCGCAAGGGAAAAAAUGAGCAGCCAUAUUGUAGCAUUAAAAGUGCUUUUCAAGAAUCAGCUCAAACAAUCUCAAGUUGAGCAUCAACUACGUCGGGAAGUUGAGAUUCAAAGCCACCUCCGUCACCCAAAUAUACUACGCCUGUAUGGAUACUUCUAUGAUCAGACUCGAGUUUACUUGAUCUUAGAAUAUGCAGCCAAAGGUGAACUUUACAAGGAACUGCAAAAGUGCAAAUGUUUCAAUGAGAGACGAACUGCUACUUACAUUGCAUCUCUAGCACGAGCAUUGAUUUAUCUCCAUGGGAAACACGUGAUACAUAGAGAUAUUAAACCUGAGAACUUAUUGAUCGGUCUCCAGGGUGAGCUGAAAAUUGCAGAUUUUGGGUGGUCAGUCCACACAUUCAAUCGUAGGCAGACCAUGUGUGGAACGCUCGAUUACCUCCCCCCUGAAAUGGUGGAAAGUGUACAACAUGAUGCUAGUGUGGAUAUUUGGAGCUUGGGUGUAUUGUGCUAUGAGUUUCUUUACGGCGCACCUCCAUUUGAGGCAAAGGAGCAUUCAGAUACUUACAGAAGGAUUGUGAAAGUUGAUCUUAAGUUUCCCUCGAAGCCAAUAGUUUCCCCUGGCGCGAAGGAUCUUGUUAGCCAGAUGCUCGUCAAGGAUUCAUCGCAGCGCCUUCCUCUCUACAAGCUGCUCGAGCAUCCAUGGAUAGUGCAAAAUGCUGAUCCUUCAGGUGUAUAUCGAGGCUGACUGCUGCUGCUGCUGUCUAAUGUUAGAUAUCUGUUGUCCAAUUUAUGACCGUCAUUAAAGAAAGACUAUGGUAGGAAGAGGGAUGCCAAGGAGCUCAACCUCUACCUCAACAUCAAGCAAAGGGAUUGAGAAAGCAUGAGUAUUGUUAGCAUGUCAAUUGUUUUUUUUUUUGAUAAUUCAAAUGCCCGAUUAAUCCUAAAAAUAGAUGACCUUCCCUGAAUAACUACAUCAUGCCUGGAGAAUUGAAAGUUCGAUUGAUCAACUCCUUAGAGAGUAAUUAUAAAUAAGAGGAUUAAAGUGCCAAUUAAGUCAUUUCAUUUUCUUUUUGUCCAAGUCAUUUUUUUUUUUGGUGAGCAUACGAGAUUCAUAUCUAUGAAUUGAAAGAUCCUAAUGAUUAACUUUGUAAUGAAUUGUUAGAAUCAAUAGGAAUAAAUUGAUUGGA